AAAGUUAUUAAUUAAGCUAAUUAUUUUGGUGCAGAUUAAUUAGGAGGUGAGAAAACAUGAAGGAGAGGAAUGAGAAGUUGAUGAAAAUAUUUUGGCUAAGGCCAGCUUAUCAGAGACACCAUUCCUUCGGAGCUAGAUGGAGAUCCUCAACGAACAAGAAAACCGCCGCCGCCCUCACGGCGGCGCUCUUCCUCCUCCUCGCCGUCAUCUUCGUCGUCUCCGUCUCGACUUUCCGGGGAUGGGUUGACCUCGUACAGACAAGAUAUUCAUUGUUGUCAGGUAAGAACGAAACUGAAGUUUUCGAAUUCCCGAUCCCUCUGGACUGCGUUGCAUGGAACAAGACGAGCACGUGCCCGGGAAACUACCCGACAUCAUCGUACCUUAAUUUCUCCGACUUGCCGGCGCCGCCGACGUGCCCGGAGUAUUUCCGGUGGAUUCACGAGGACCUGAAGCACUGGAAGGGGACGGGGAUUACGCGGGAGAUGCUGGAGAAAGUGCGCCGGAAUGCGCAUUUCCGGCUGGUGAUUUCCGGCGGGAAGAUGUACGUGGAGAAGUACAGAGAGUCUAUUCAGACCAGAGCUCUGUUCACCAUGUGGGGAAUUAUGCAGUUGAUGAGGUGGUAUCCCGGCAAGUUGCCGGAUCUUGAGCUCAUGUUUGAUUGCGACGACAGGCCGGUCGUCCCGGCGAAAGACUACCGGAGACCGGACUCCGGGCCGCCGCCGUUGUUCCGGUACUGUUCGGAUGAGCAGAGCUUGGACAUUGUGUUCCCGGACUGGUCAUUUUGGGGAUGGGCAGAGAUAAAUAUAAAGCCAUGGAGAAGUGUGAUGAAGGACAUAAAAGAAGGGAACAAGAAAACAAAAUGGAAGGACAGGGUGCCAAUGGCUUAUUGGAAGGGCAAUCCACACGUGACACCAACCAGGGCUGAUCUUCUCAAGUGUAACCUCACUCAACAACAUAAUUGGAACACUCUCCUUUAUGUUCAGGACUGGGAUCAAGAAUCAAAAAAUGGAUACAAGCAAUCAAAUCUUGAAGACCAAUGCACCCACAGAUACAAGAUCUACAUAGAAGGAUGGGCAUGGUCAGUGAGUGAGAAAUACAUAUUGUCAUGCGACUCACCAACGUUGUACGUAACACCUCGUUACCAUGAUUUCUUCAUUAGAGGCAUGAUCCCCCAACAUCACUAUUGGCCUAUUAGGGACAAUGAUAAGUGCAAGUCUCUCCAAUUUGCUGUUGAGUGGGGCAACAAUCGCACCGACAAGGCACAAGCAAUUGGGGAAGCAGGGAGCCACUUCAUGCAAGAAGACAUGAAGAUGGAGUACAUAUUUGACUUCAUGUUCCAUUUGUUGAGUGAAUAUGCGAAGCUGCUGAGGUUCAAACCUGAGAUUCCUCAAAAUGCAGUUGAGGUUUGCCCCGAAUCUCUGGCCUGUUCUGCAGAUGGUCUGUUUAGGAAGUUCAUGGAGGAGUCAUUGGAGCAAUCUCCCAGUAACACUGCUCCAUGCACUUUGCCACCACCUUAUGAUCCUCAACAACUUGGGGCUUUCCUUGACCAAAAGAUUAGGGCUACAAAGCAAGUUGAGGCCUGGGAGAAUGAAUAUUGGAGUAAAAGAAAUAAGAAGUGAAGCUAUGAUAUAAUGAACCAAGCUA